UGUCAGUGUCCCUCAACUAUUUCCAUGAAUCCACUAUAUCUUAAUUAACGGCUCUUUGUGCCCUUUCUCUGUUUUCUUCAACUACAGCUGUGUUCCCACAUUCCUCAUAAAAAGGAGGAGGGUAAGCUUUUUUUUCUUCUUCACCACCUCUGGCAUUGAAUUCUUCAACAUACAGAACCUUACCCUAUUUCGCUUACUGAACCUUAUUCUGCUACUGCUGCUUGUAUCUUUCAGUGUGAAGGUUUUGUUUAGUUUGAGAAGCUGGGAUUUUGAUUUCACUCAAAAUGGGCAACUUCCAUUGCCUGUUUUUGGUGCUGUUUCCAUUUUGUUUUGGGUUUUUUGUGAACACUCUGAGCCAGGAGGAUUCGGGUUCAGAUGCAAGCACGGAUAUUUACAUCGUCACUCUUAAGCAAGCUCCCGCGGCUCAUCAAUUUGAGGAACAGCUAAGAAGGCAGGCUCGUCAUCCGUUCCACAAUGGUUCUUCUUCGGGGAGAUUAAACAGUUUUCAAAAACCAAGGAAUAAUUCGAGAUCUCAUUCCAGUUAUCGAUCAUAUAUUUCUCGAGUUCAUGAUUCUUUGUUAAGGAGAGCCUUGAGGGGGGAGAAAUAUCUGAAGUUGUAUAGUUACCACUACUUGGUCAAUGGCUUUGCUGUGUUUAUCAACCCUGAACAGGCAAAAAAGCUUUCAAGGAGAAGAGAAGUUGCAAAUGUUGUAAUGGAUUUCUCUGUUAGAACUGCAACCACCCAUACUCCACAGUUUUUGGGUUUGCCUAAGGGUGCAUGGUCCCAGGGAGGAGGAUUUGAAACUGCUGGGGAGGGAAUUGUAAUUGGGUUAAUUGAUACUGGUAUUGAUCCAACUCAUCCCAGCUUUGCUGAUGAUGUGUCCGAGCAUUCGUACCCAGUUCCAGCCCAUUUCUCUGGCAUUUGUGAGGUGACACGGGAAUUUCCAUCCGGAUCAUGCAAUAGGAAGCUUGUUGGAGCACGCCAUUUUGCAGCAUCUGCUAUAACAAGAGGAAUAUUCAAUUCAUCACAGGAUUAUGCAUCACCAUUUGAUGGUGAUGGCCACGGCACGCACACAGCUUCUGUUGCUGCAGGAAACCAUGGGAUUCCAGUGGUGGUUGCCGGGCACCACUUUGGAAAUGCUAGUGGGAUGGCUCCCCGUUCACAUAUUGCUGUCUACAAGGCUUUGUAUAAGAGCUUCGGAGGAUUUGCUGCAGAUGUAGUUGCUGGUAUAGAUCAGGCAGCUCAAGAUGGGGUUGACAUCAUAAGCUUAUCAAUAACUCCCAACAGGCGUCCACCUGGUAUUGCAACAUUUUUCAAUCCCAUCGACAUGGCUUUGCUAUCCGCUGUAAAGACUGGCGUUUUUGUUGUGCAAGCUGCUGGCAAUACUGGGCCAUCACCUAAGAGCAUGUCUUCUUUCAGUCCAUGGAUCUUCACCGUUGGUGCUGCCUCUCAUGACAGAUCAUAUUCUAACUCCAUCAUCCUUGGAAACAAUGUAACUAUCCCGGGAGCUGGGCUUGCACCGGGGACAGAUACGGAUAGAAUGUAUACACUGAUAUCGGCAGUCCAUGCUCUAUGCAAUGAGUCAGCAGUUGCCAAUGAUAUGUAUGUGAGCGAAUGCCAAGACUCCAGUUACUUCAAUGAGAAACUUAUCCAGGGAAACCUGUUAAUCUGUAGCUAUUCGAUCCGAUUUGUGCUUGGACUCUCUACAAUCAAACAGGCCCUAGAAACUUCAAAGAACCUCAGUGCAGCUGGAGUUGUGUUCUACAUGGAUCCUUUUGUAAUUGGUUUUCAGCUUAAUCCCACUCCAUUGGAAAUGCCUGGCAUUAUAAUUCCAUCUCCAGAGGAUUCCAAGAUUUUACUCCAAUAUUACAAUUCUUCUUUGGAGAGAAAUGGACUUACAAGGAAAAUUGUUAGAUUUGGGGCAGUGGCUACCAUUUCAGGUGGACUGAAAGCAAACUAUAGCAUUACUGCUCCAAAGGUUAUGUAUUACUCAGCCAGAGGACCAGAUCCUGAAGAUAGUUCCCUAGAUGAUGCAGACAUAAUGAAACCUAACUUGGUUGCUCCUGGAAAUAUGAUAUGGGCUGCCUGGAGUUCUCUUGGUACAGAUUCCAUUGAAUUUCAAGGUGAAAGCUUUGCAAUGAUGUCUGGAACAAGCAUGGCUGCUCCUCAUAUUGCUGGGCUUGCUGCACUGAUAAAACAAAAGUUUCCUCAUUUCAGUCCUGCAGCCAUCAUAUCUGCGCUCUCCACAACUGCUUCUCUUCAUGACAAGAGUGGUGGCCCCAUAAUGGCCCAGCGAGUUUAUGCUGAUCCUGAUGUAAACCAGUCUCCAGCAACACCAUUCGACAUGGGCAGUGGUUUUGUGGAUGCUACUUCAGCUCUUGAUCCUGGUCUGAUCUUGGAUUCAACUUACGAUGAUUAUAUGUCUUUUCUUUGCGGCAUCAAUGGUUCUGGUCCAGUGGUCUUGAAUUACACUGGUCAAAACUGUUGUGGCUAUAAUUCUACAAUUGGUAGUGCUGACCUAAACCUGCCAUCCAUUACCAUUGCUAGACUGAACCAGUCUAAAACGGUCGAAAGAACAGUUACCAACAUUGCUGGCAAUGAAACGUACAAAAUUGGCUGGAGUGCUCCAUAUGGGGUGUCGAUGAAGGUGACUCCAACUCGAUUCUUCAUUGGCAUGGGAGAGAAGCAGGUCAUGACAAUAAUCUUUAAUGCAACAAUGAACCAAUCUGUGGCAAGCUUUGGGAAGAUUGGACUUUUUGGAGACCGAGGUCACAAGCUCGGCAUUCCACUAUCGGUCAUUGUAAAAUUAUCCUACAACACCACUAAUAGCUGAGGGUUGAUAAAAUAGUGAUUUUAGUGUUGGAUCAGGGUCCUUUAGUUUGUUGGUUUUCUUCAUUUUCUGCUUCAGCUUUUCAUUGAUGUAACCAAUUUUUUCAUUCGUUUAGCCUGUAAAUGCAUAAAAUAAAAUUGUAUUCUGGAAAUAAAAAGGAUGAAAUAAUUUGUCACAGUUUAAUUGCUUUUGAUUGAUUACUUCGUCGGA